UGACGAUAUUUGCCUUUUACCUUUAACUUUCUGACUUUCCCUCUGAGCGCUCUCACUCAUCACUCUGCUCUCUCUCUCUCUCAUUCAGUCUGUCCUAACAACUUUCCUCCUCACUCUGACAGAAGAGUGAGAAGAAGAAACCGGAGCACGUGACAGUUUCCGGAGUUCAAUUUAUUUAUUAAUUUUCUAUUUAUUUAUUUAUUUGUCUCCGUUUGUCUGCUGGUUUACCUAUCUCUUGGAUCCGAACCAAUAUGAAAUUGCUGCUGGACUCCUCCUCAUCUCUCCUCUUCUCGCUGCUAUUGGCUCAGCUGCCUGUAUUCACGUCUGCCUCUCCGGUACCACAGCGGCGGCCCAAUGACUUGGAUAAACUGUCCAAUCAGACCAAACAUCUAAUGAAAAUCACCCAAGAACUGCUGAAAGAGCAUGCAUUUGACUCAGACGUGGAGCCCCACAGGUUCAAGUCUCUGCCAGAAAUGAGCAACAGAUCAGCCCAUGACCUCAACAAUCUUGAGCUGAAGCCCACGCUCUCUCAGCUUCAUGCUGACCUGAAGCUGUAUGAGCACCACUUUGAGUGGCUCAACAGGGUGUCGAAGAAGCACCACCACCCUGCAGUGCCCAAGCUGGUGGAGAUGGUCAGAGAAAUGAAAUCUCUUAUCACUCUGCUGCACCGUCAUAUGCUGAGAGUCGAAGCACCAAGGCUGAGUCCAGCGACCCCCUCCCUCCCCCCUCACCUUCCCUAUCAGUUUGAUGUCCUGCAAUCUACCAAUGAGCUUCUUCAACACUUCAAGCUCUUCUGUGACUGGGCUUACAGGGCAUUUCUCAGCCUCAAGCCCAAGGUUUCUGCAGUGCAAUGAUGGUCCAGGAAGUAAAGGGACUGCAGGGCCAGUGAGAAUGCAUGGACUUCUGUCUCUGCCAAAGGGGAAACAAGACCAUGUGCACUGUAGUCAACAGCAUCCCUAAAGAGGCCAAAAUAUCAACCUGUGUGUCAUCAUGUGUGUUGAAGAAUGUGUCUUUCCAUCAGAGCCAUUGAGGAUGCACCACAAUGCAGCCAGUUACAACCAUCAAUUCCAGUUCAAGUUCCAGUUUAAGUCCAAUGAUCAUUUCAAGAGUCCCCAAACUUUCUCCUAAAGGCCCUUUUCAUGACCUUGUUAUUUAUGUAUUUAUUUAUUUAUUGAAUGUUAGUUAUUUAUUUAAUUUUUAUUUAUUUGAGGUUGUAAUGUGUCACAUCUUAUUUCUGUACUAACGUGAACUUUGCCCACAUUUCUGUAAUCUUUUCCUGUCUCUUGUGUCUCACUGAUCCUUUAAAAAAAAGACAAAAAAACAAAACAAACACUGUAGCACUUCCUGAACUGAUAGCUCUGAUAAUUACUUUUGUAUAAAUCAACUUAAUUUACUUUGCAUUUUUAUUUUUCAAAUGACAUUUCUUCCAGUAGAUGUAGCAUGCAUUUGGGACAGCCAAGGCCCUCACUAUUGCUUAUUUAAAGUACACAUUUUAGAAGAUGUUAAUACAAUCUCCAACCAUGGUAAAAAAUGCCACAUAUUAACGCAUCAAUUCCUUAUCAAAUUCAUUUAAUUUCUUUUUUUUUUAAUGUUAGGAAGAAGAGAAGCAAAUCCUUUCUUUCAUAUCAUAGAUAUGUGUUUUCAGUGCCUGUUUCUCUCAUGUUCUGCAUGAGGAGACCUAGUUAACAUUGUGGUAAAGUAAUAUGAAUGUGCCCUGUUGCUGAGCACUGAUGGUCCUGAUUAGAUUCUUUGCACAAACUUGUCGGGAUUAGCCUCUUUGAAGAGUGAGAUGGCUGAUUUUGAACCUGUGCUUUGGUGUAGAAAAGUUUUUUUUUUUUUUGUUUUUUUUUGUUAAACACCCAAAGCCUUAAAAUACUAUGUAUUGUGACACUAUGUUCUGUACAGAUGUACAUAAAUGUACAAGAAUGUAAAUUGUUGUAUACAGUGCUUUUGUGUAUUAUGUCAUUUUCUACCAUAUAGUGUAGAGGACCAAUUUUAUCACUAUAAUUUUUAUUCAUUCCUAUUCUAGUAUUUGUUACAGUAUUGACUAUUUAUUUAAGUAACUUGGUGGAACUAUUUAUUUUGUGCUGCAGUGGAGCAAGUCUCCUAUCCUUUUGUACUUUUAUACAGUUUUUAUUGGUAUUCGCCUUUAUUAUACCAUCACGUUUAAAUUAUUGUUCUAACAUCAAGAUGCCUCUUA